AAAUGGGCUGAUUUGCUUAUUAGAAUAUGGAUGAAGUCAUUGGUCGAUUUUUUAUCUGUAAAAAUUAAAAAACUUUUGGUCCGCUUUCCGAUUUAAUAUCAACUCGUGGGAUCUUGAUCUCACUAUACUAGAUGGAACAUUAUAUCUGACCUAGUAUUAUUUUUUUUCUUUCCCCUUUUUUUUGAUUUAUAUUCAUAUUUACUUCGUAUUUUCCUAUUUACUUACUUUUUCCUUUUGUGCCGUGGAGCUUCCAUUGAUUCAUGGCAGCGGGGUAAAAAAAAGAAGACUACAAUCAACUAUCAAGAUAUGCGCAACUUAAAGAACGUUCGCCUCUCCUCGGUACAGCUCCAGAGUGUGCUCCCACUCACAGCCACUGCUUGGGACACUACGUCGGAUGCUGUGGUUUGCACUUUCGGUCCUACAGAGACCAAUCCCGUUAUUGAACUAAGGAGAAAGCGUGAAGAUGCCUCUUUUUCGGAACCUAUAGGCGCAGAUGUAUUUGAGUGCAUCGCCUCUUGGGAUGCACCGUGCCCACUUCCAGACCUGCCCUGUGAUCGGGUUCUAUCCCUCCAUUACUUUGCAGACAAUCUUACUGCCUGUCUGGUACUCGAAGGUGGUGAUAUUGUUAUUGUCCGUGAAGAACCUCUUCCCGGCGAGGACAAGAUCGAGAUUGUGGGUUCCGUCGAUGUUGGUAUCACUGCUGCUGCUUGGUCCCCAGACGAGGAGCUCUUGGCUCUUACCACAAGGGCGAACACCUUCUUGUACAUGACACGGGAAUUUGAGAAUGUGGCCGAAAUUACUUUUACCCCAGAGGACCUCAAGGCGUCUCAACAUGUCUCCGUGGGUUGGGGAAAGAGGGAGACACAGUUCCAAGGAAAGCGAGCUAAGGCCCUUCGUGACCCUACAGUGCCUGAGAAGGUAGAUGAGGGAAAGCUGAGCAGUAAUGAUGACGGGAGGACCACGAUUACCUGGCGAGGAGAUGGUGCCUAUGUCGCGGUGAACAACGUUGAAUCAGGCACUCGUCGCGCAAUCCGAGUGUAUUCCAGAGAAGGGACGCUGGACAGUAUUAGCGAGCCCGUGGACGGGUUAGAAGGGGCCUUGAGUUGGAGGCCUUCUGGCAAUCUCAUUGCUGGUAUUCAACGGCUUGACGAUCGAGUUGAUGUUGUAUUCUUCGAAAGAAACGGCUUGCGUCAUGGAGAAUUCAAGCUCCGCCUCACAGAGGAAGAUAAAUCAUCAUGGGCCUCGGAUAUCUAUUUAACCUGGAACAUCGAUUCAACGGUACUCGCUGUCCAAUUCAAAGACAGAGUUCAGUUCUGGACGACGGGCAACUACCAUUACUACCUAAAGCAAGAGAUUCCCGUGAUCGUGAACCCUAGUUAUCCUAGCCAUUUUGCCUUCAAAUGGCACCAAGAAAAGACAUUGCGCUUUGUUGCUGGCGCCUCGGAGUCGAUUUUAGAUGCGGAGUACGUGUUCGAUGUCACUCACGGUUCAACUGUUGUACCGACCGAUGUUGGAGCUGUUGCCGUUAUUGAUGGAAAAACUCUGAAAUUGACCCCAUUGAGGCUUUCGGGUGUCCCACCUCCUAUGGCCCACAACGAAUUGGCAUUGGAUUCGAACAUCAUUGACGUCGCAUUCAGCAAGUCGGGAACUCGGAUUGCCGUCCUUAUGAAAGACAGUUUUUCUGUAUUCUCGUGGUCCCUUAAGACUCGCUCUGUUGCUUCGCCAAUUCUUGAGUCGAGCUAUCCAUUAUCCGAUGAUUCUAAUAGCAGGCCCCGGCAGAUUGCUUUCAUUAACGAGAAUGAAGUUUACAUACUCAAGAGUAGCGGUCCAAGUAAUGCCAGCAUCGAGCGAACGAUCUUGGAAACUCGGACUACCAAGAUGGCAUAUCAGGCCGCCGAGUCGGAGCAGUUGGUUUCAUUGUUCCCUGGCCUCAAUCAUGAGGCACUCUGGUUCUCCCAUAUAAACCAACAUGGGCAACCAAUUUCCUAUUCUACAAUUUCUAUGCCAUCUCCAGAGGAGUUCGAAGCGACUCCAUACACACAGAGCCCGUCUGUCGACACAUAUUGGGCCAAGGUCGCUCAGUUAUCAGAAGAUGAGCAUCUGUUAAUCUCUUUGACGAAAACCGGUGCUUUGUAUGGGAAUAAGACCCUACUCGCGAAGAAUUGCACCUCGUUCCUCAUGACCCAAUCCCACAUCUUGUUCACUACAUCCCAGCACCUCUUGAAAUUCGUUCACUUAACCAGGGCAGAUGCCAUGGAGGUCCCUCCUGAUACACCGGAGACGGAUGAGCGAUGCAGAAGCAUUGAGCGCGGCUCACGCUUAGUGUCGGUAAUACCUAGUGUGUUUGCCGUCGUGCUGCAGGCACCGCGCGGUAAUAUCGAGACUAUAUACCCCCGAGCUCUCGUCCUAGCAGGCAUUCGGACCUUUAUCGACCGCAAGAAUUACCGUUCGGCGUUCCUCACCUGUCGCAGCCAAAUGGUGGACAUGAAUAUCAUUCACGACUACGCCCCGCAACAGUUCAUGGAAAACGUCCCGUUAUUCAUCGACCAGGUGAAACGAGUCGACUUCAUCGACGAGUUCCUGUCCCGGCUAAGCGAGGACGAUGUCUCCGAGACUUUGUACAAGGAUACUCUAAAAACACCUAAGGCGGACGACGGUGCGGUCCCUGCUCCUAAGGCCCCAGCUAAGGGUAGUAAGGUCAACCGAAUCUGUGAUGCUUUCUUGGCUGCCUUGGAAAAGAGGGUCGAUACUAAUUUGCACAACCUUGUUACGGCGCACGUUUGCAAGUCACCACCAGAUCUUGAGGCCGGCCUUCAACUGGUUGCGCGUUUGAGAGACGAAAGCUCUGAACAAGCUGAAGACGCAGUCGAACACAUGUGCUUCCUGUCGGAUGCGAACCGUUUGUACGAUACUGCGCUGGGUCUUUAUGACCUCGAGCUCACAUUGCUUGUUGCUCAGCAAGCUCAGAGGGAUCCUCGUGAAUACCUUCCAUUCUUGCGAAAGUUGCAGCAGCUUCCUGACCUCCGACGAUUUUUCGAAACUGAUAACUAUCUUGGACGAUGGGCCAAGGCCCUGCGGCAUCUUCAUACGCUUAACGCCCAUGACGAGCUCAGGGCGUACGCCGUCAAGCACGUUCUAUACAAAGAUGCCAUCGACCUAUACAAAUAUCAACAAGAGCAACUACGCGAUAUGACCAACCUCUACGCCGACUACCUAUACAACCAGUCCAAGUACAAAGAGGCAGCCAUCGCUUACGAAUCCCUGGCCCUGUACUCCGAUGCCUACCAAUGCUACCAGCGGGCUCAUCUCUGGCGUGAAUCCCUCUAUUGUGCAAUGAUGGUCCCACUAUCGGAGGAGGAGCUCAGGGCGCAUGCGCUCGCCAUGGCCACCACCUUGACAGAGGAAAGCAAAGACUACGUCUCCGCAGCUCACAUUUACGCUGACCAUCUCCACGACAUCCCAGUGGCCGCCCGUCUACUCUGCCGCGGCUCUCGCUUUGCCGACGCAACACGUCUCCUUGCACUGAGCGGCAAACAAAGCCUCAUUACCGAGAUUAUAGACACCGGCCUGGCCGACGCCAUGGGCUCCAUGACAGACCUGCUUGCCGAUUUCCGAGCUCAGCUCAAUGCCCAAGUACCAAGGAUUGGGGAACUGCGUAUACGUCGCGAGACCGAUCCUCUGGCUUAUUUCGGAGGUGAUCCCACAAUGGGAGGAGACAUGGGCGUGGAUAUCCCAGACAACGUCUCUCUCGCGCCUACUGAUGCUUCUACGCUUGCCGGCCGCAGUAUGUUCACGAGAUAUACAGGAAAGACCGGAAAAACUGGAAAGACAAAUAUGACAAGACAGACUUCCAAGACUCGUCGGAAGGAAGAACGCAAGCGUGCUAGUGGCAAGAAGGGAACUAUAUACGAAGAGGAGUACCUAGUGAACAGUGUACGACGACUUAUUGAGCGAGCCAACUCGACGGUGUCUGAGGUGCAAACUCUCGUUGAUGCACUGCUCCGGCGAGGCAUGCGGGAGCGUGCCGCCGCUAUCGAAAAGGCUAUGCAGGAGAUACUCAAGUUGUGUACUGAUUCUCGAGCGGAGGUCUUCGGCGCCGUGGCUCCAGCAGGAAGUGGGGAACAGGUUGACAACCCUGAGGCCGAGAAUGUUGAAGAGGUCGCGGUGAAGGGUGGGCAACGUGCUUUCGCAGACAGCGUUGCGGCUACACUUGGUGUUCGAGAAGCACCGGCGGUCAAGGAGUUGAAGCCGUCUGCGCUGCUAAAUUAGAGUACUGAUUUGUAGGGGAAAUUGACCUGAAUGGCCGUCUGCCCUAAGCAGGUACUUAAGAAGGUCGAAAUAUAAAAACUUUGGAUCAAGGAAAAGAUGACGUCAAAAGUUGUAACUAGUCUUAACUGUAAAUUCCAACUAUAUAUUCUGCU